UGUCAAUGGAGAAAAACCAGUGAGUUGCAGCGUUCAAAUAAUAGAUGUCAAAGGCCUUUCAGAUGUUCUCAGUGUGGAAAAAAUUUUACAAAGAAAAAACAACUUAAAUAUCAUGUGAUAACUCACACUUCAGAAAAGGCUUUCAGCUGCUCUCAGUGUGGGAAGUUGUUCACACGUAAAACAAGCCUUAAGAAGCACAUGUUAAUCCAUGCUGGAAUAAAGCCUUUCAGCUGCUCUCAGUGUGGAAAGUGUUUCACACAGCAUGGACACCUUAAGGAUCAUUUGGUAACUCACAUUUCAGAAAAGCCUUUUACCUGCUCUGAGUGUGGAAAGUCUUUCACACGUAAAGGAUACUUUAGGACUCACAUGUUAAUUCAUACUGGAAUAAAGCCUUUCACCUGCUCUCAGUGUGGAAAGAGUUUCAUAUGUAAAGGAAUCCUGAAGAAUCACAUGUUAAUUCAUACUGGGAUCAAGUCUUUCAGCUGCUCUCAAUGUGGAAAGAGUUUUACACAGAAAGUACACCUUACGGUUCAUUUGCUAACUCACUCUUCAGAAAAGCCUUUCAGCUGCACUCAGUGUGGAAAAUCUUUCACACGUAAAGGAUAUCUUGAAAGACACAUGUUAAGUCAUCCUGGGUAAAAGCAUUUCAGCUGCUGUCUAUAUAAAAAAAAAAAUCACCUGUAAACAAAGAUUUAAUCAUCAAAUAAGAAUUCACACUAAAGAGAUGCCUUACCAGACAUUUGAUACAAAUUAAAAGCCUUGCGUCUGUCCUGUUUGUGGAAGGAGAUUUCUAAGGGUUUUAAAAGCAUAAAAAAAACUUGUGUGCUGUGUAGGGAUAGAUAUUAUUAAGCUUUUAAAGGUAUUACUGCCUUUACUGAUACUGCUGAUCCAUCUGGUGUUUUAAGUAUUAAGUAUCUCUCUGAUGAUAGAUGUCAUUUUGUGGCAAUUUUUGUUCAUUACAUAUGUUUACAUACACAUUACAUAUGUUUUUUCAUGAAAUAAAUGUGUAAAAAUAGACAUCCAAAACAUUAUUUUAUCGUAAGUUCUCCUUGAAGGAUUGACAGUUCUCUUCAUGCAAUCCAGGUUUGUGU